UAAAGUCAAAUGAACGUGAAACAUCAGGAGAAAAGCUGAAUAUAAAGAGUGGGGGUUUCAGAGUACUUCAGGACUCGUGUGCUCAGAGGCUCUCGGAGCGUUUCUGUUUUUCUGACCUUUGAUCAGAUCAAACAUGGCGUCCGUCCGCUCAGACACCAGCCGACUCUUCUUCCUCCUCAUCGUCGCUAUCCCAGCAUGCACUGGGCUUCCUGGAGGCGGUGUGUUUGUUAGCCGCCCCGAGGCUAGCGUCUUCCUGCACCGUGCGCGGCGUGCUAACUAUUUGUUCGAGGAGCUGCGGCGCGGCAACGUGGAGCGCGAGUGUUACGAAGAGAAAUGUUCGUACGAAGAGGCAAAGGAAAUCUACGCUCUGCCGCAACAGCUGGAAGCUUUCUGGAGGCGCUACACAGCGGUGGAUCACUGCCAGUCGUCGCCCUGUAAGAACGGCGCCUCCUGCACUCGUCACCUCAACUCCUACAGCUGCAAAUGUCCGCCCAAGUUCCACGGUCACCACUGCGACAAAGUCCGUCAGACGUCCAAUGGCUGCCGCUACAGGAACGGAGGCUGUGAACAUUUCUGUAAAGAGUUUCCGGAUCGAUCCACGGUGUGUUUCUGCGCUCCGGGGUACCGACUGCAUCCGGACAACAGCAGCUGCGAACCCCAAGACGAGGUGGCCUGUGGACGACCUCAGUGGUUCUUCAGCCCCAGGGUGAUCAACGGGAAGAACUGCCCCAAAGGACAGUGUCCCUGGCAGGCGCUGCUGACGGAGCAUAACGUCUUCACCUGUGGAGCGAUCGUCCUCUCUAACCGCUGGGUGUUAACGGCAGCUCACUGCGUCUGGAGAAAACAGGCCCACGUCUUCAACGUCACCGUCGGUGAGCACGACCUGAACGUGGAGGAGCGCACGGAGCAGCGGCGGCGCGUUGUGAAGGUCGUGAUCCACCGCGCCUACAACAAGUCGAGCUCUGACAGUGACAUUGCGCUGCUGAAGCUGCAGAGGCCCGUGAAGCUAGGACCCCAUGUGGUGCCCGUCUGUCUGCCUGCCAGGAAUUCGUCCUUCAGCCGGACUCUGGCCAGCGUCAGAGAGUCCACGGUGUCAGGAUGGGGUCGAGUGGCUCAACGAGGUCCGGCAGCCGGAGUUCUUCAGCGUCUGGUUCUCCCGAGAGUCCCUCUGCAGGAGUGCCGUCUGCACAGCAAUCUGACCAUCACUAAGAACAUGCUGUGUGCCGGGCUGAAGGCGGGCGGCAGCGACGCCUGCGAGGGCGACAGCGGCGGGCCCCUGGUCACCCGCUACAAGAAGACCUGGUUCCUGACGGGCGUGGUGAGCUGGGGGAAGGGGUGCGCCAACAGGAACCUGUACGGGGUCUACUCCAGGGUCAGCAACUUCCUGGGCUGGAUCGAGAGCGUCAUGGCCCACUACUGACAGAGAGGCUAACAGAAGCUAAAGCUAAUGCUACACAGAUUUAAUAUAGUAUGUCCAGAAGCUAGAGCUAAUGCUAUGAAAGUGCACUAACAUUUAAGUUUGAUGUUGAUUUGUAAACCGAGACGCUGAGAUGUGAUAACGUUGAUUAUUCUUCAUGUACAAAAAUAAAACU